AGCCCUCGGAGAAUAUACGGCAGUCGGCAAUACUACUUCAAUAACUUACUGUCAAUUCAAUGGUCACAUUUUACUGGAGCAUCGAUGAUAGAGUCGUGUUAGACAUAAAUGGCUUUAAACAGUCUAAAUAUUUGUUAAACUUCUUAAAUUCUUAGCACAAACUCCAAAAAGAUUUGUUUAAUAUAUUUUUUUUWAAUUAUAACAACAUUCGCAAAAUAUUACAGAAUGCUAAAUAAAAUUGGAUCUCAUUAUGAACGGCAAGAAUCGAACUGGGUGGCUGAAGGAGGUUUUGGAAAUGAAACUGUAGUUGACCGGGUUCCAGCAGAUAUGAUGCAUAUGAUCGAUCCUUCUUGGUAUCAAUUUCCUCCAAUGGAAUCAAUGUGGUACAAAUGGUUAGGUGUUACUAUUUUCUUCUUGGGUAUUUUAUCAGUCGUGGGGAAUGGAAUGGUGAUAUAUAUAUUUACCUGUACAAAAAAUCUUAGAACGCCUUCCAACUUACUGAUAGUUAACUUGGCGUUUUCCGAUUUCUGUUUGAUGUUUACCAUGUGUCCGGCAAUGGUUUGGAAUUGUUUUUAUGAGACGUGGAUAUUUGGGCCUUUUGCAUGUGAGUUGUAUGGUAUGUUUGGAUCACUUUUUGGAGUCACAUCCAUAUGGACAAUGGUUUUUAUAGCUUUAGAUCGUUAUAACGUAAUAGUAAAGGGGUUAUCUGCAAAACCUAUGACAACCAAGUUAGCUUUAUUGCAAAUAUUUUGCAUAUAUUUGCAUGGACUUUUCUGGACUUUAACCCCUUUUUUUGGAUGGAGCCGAUAUGUGCCAGAAGCAAAUAUGACAGCAUGUGGUACUGAUUAUUUAACCCUGACAUGGCAUAGUCGUAGUUAUGUUUUAGUAUAUGCAAUGUUCGCAUAUUAUUUACCAUUGUUGGUCAUCAUCUACGCAUAUUACUUCAUUGUGAAGGCAGUAGCAUCACAYGAGAAAUCUAUGAGAGAACAAGCCAAAAAAAUGAAUGUAUCUUCUCUGAGGUCUGGAGAUCAAAGCAAUACUAGUGCAGAAUUUAAACUGGCUAAAGUGGCUUUAAUGACAAUUUCCUUAUGGUUCAUGGCUUGGACACCAUACAUGGUUAUCAAUUUUUCUGGAAUAUUUCAAUUAAUUACGAUUGAUCCAUUAUUUACAAUCUGGGGAUCAGUUUUUGCUAAAGCAAAUGCUGUAUACAAUCCAAUAGUAUAUGCGAUUAGUCAUCCGAAAUAUAGAUUGGCAUUAAAUAAGAAGUUCCCAUGUCUGGUGUGUGGAAAAUUAGAAGAUGACAGAAGCGAUUCAAAAUCAGUUGCUUCUGCUCAAACAACUAUAUCUGAAGAUAAAGUCUAA